AUGGAUUGGAGCAGUGUAUCACAUCAUUUUAAACAGACUUGGUGUACUACUUCGCUGAGUCUUGUGUUGUUUUUGGGUGCUACUUAUUUUUUGCUUUGGGCUGAGAGGCAUACAAUUCAGAGUAAUCUGAUACUAGAGGAGUUGAUCAAUGGCGGAGAGAGUAUUGACGUUCACACUGAAAAUGAUGCGGCUCGAUACGAAGGUCGAAUUGUCCACAUUAUUGGCCCACUCCGUAUAUUGGAGCCCAUCUCGGAACCAGACUAUAAUAUACAAGUACAGGCUGUUAAGUUGAGGAAGCGAGUGCAAAUGUACCAGUGGAUAGAGGAGACUACGGAUCAAGAAAACUUUUUAAGUGAACCUGGCGAAGAAUCACAGAAAUCUUAUUGGUAUCAUAAAGAUUGGAGGGAUUACACUGUGGAUUCAUCACUAUUCUACAUAAGGUCGGGGCAUCAAAACCCUACGUUCAUGCCUAUUUUCAGCGAAACACACAUAGCGGAAAAUGUAAAGAUUGGAUGGUUAUAUUUGGGCUUGGACGUCAAGCGCAAGGUUAAUGAUUACUACGAGAUAUGGUCCGAUUCUAGACCAGAACGCAGUGAUAUCAAGCUCCACUCCGGGUUCUAUUACCAUGGGGCGAGUGCAUUGCAACAUGAGAUUGGCGAUCUACGAAUACAUUUUUCCUACGCUGGUCGGGAGGAUGAUAUUUACACGGCAGUUGGCAUUAUAGAAAGAGGAACACUUCAGCCGUAUAGUCCGGUUAACUUUCCGACGGCGGAUCCGAUUUCCCUCCUCCGUAAGGGUUCUUACAGUUUGAAGCAGAUACACGACUUGGAGAAGCGCGAUUCCAAUACCCACACGUGGAAGUACCGUUUUUUGGGUCUUGUCCAAGUGUUCGCCACCGCGAUGACUCUACAUCCUGACUGGAUCAUUUUGUUCUUGGAGUGCAAGUGGAUAUCCAGCAAGCUAAGACGCUGCACGAGAGUAUGGAUUAUUCUAGUGCUGUCCGUCUCUUACACGUUAUUUAUAAUGUCAUUACCGUGGUUGAUCCAUAAACCGUUGUUCGGGUUGAUGGUGCUGGGUGGAGCUGCGCUGCCUCUGCUGCAUUACUCCCGGCUGCUGUCGCGGCGGGAGGAGGAGGCAGAGCGCGAGGGGUACGCGCGGUGGGGCGAUGUGCGCUAA